AUGUUCAAAAGGAAUGGCAAGAAGGACCCAGAACUAUUCCAAAAUGUGUCGGAGGGGCUGAAAAAACUGUACAAGACCAAACUCUUUCCCUUGGAAGAUACCUACCACUUCCACGAUUUCCAUUCACCGGCUUUGGAAGAUGCCGACUUUGACAACAAGCCUAUGGUGCUCUUGGUUGGCCAAUACUCCACGGGUAAAACCACAUUCAUCCGGCAUCUUAUGGAGCAAGAUUUCCCCGGCAUGCGGAUAGGGCCUGAACCGACCACCGACUCCUUCAUAGCGGUCAUGCAUGGCGAGCAGGAAGGGCUGAUCCCAGGCAACGCUCUAGUAGUUGACCCCAAGAAACCCUUCAGAAAACUCAACGCUUUUGGCAACGCCUUUCUUAACAGGUGGGUCCCAGUCCAGUGUAACCAGCUAGAUGCAAGCUAUCUAACUAGGAUAACUGGGAAUAUUUUUAUGAAUCCCACAGGGAAUUAAAAGGAUGGGCUGAGUUAGCCCAUUCAUAUACGCUAACUACCUUUAGCGCUUAUUUAGGAUAGUAUCAUCUGGCCGGGGAUGUUUUGUUAAGGAACGUAUCUUUCAUAUCAGCGAUAAAUAAUUUUCAAAAAACAAGAGGUUAAAUUACUACACACCAUUAUAAGAUUAGAGUUCCCAGACGGCCAUGUUGCAGUGCUCGGUCUUCCAUCUGAGUGAAACACGAAAACAGACUGACAGUCGACAACUUGUGCUAUUUAGCGAUAUCUGCUCUACUAACACCUGUGUGUAAACGGAAGACAAAAGCCACAAACAUGUUGUCACUGAAAAAUACUGUCGCCUGCAACUGUUAAAACCUAACCAUGUCAGUAAGUGUUUAUUUUGCAUUUGUGAAAUGAUUUUGAUGUGAUUUGAAGUAGAGUGCUUUAUGUUUCUAGAACAUACUGCAAUAGAGAAUCGAUUCACGUUUAGAUGGAGGAUUUGGCUGUUUUGGCUGACUGAGCCAGAUUGCCUAUAAACAGAACAUGUGAGGUUCUUGGACUAUAAGGAGUAACGUUAGGCUCCUUUUGUCCAUUACUGAGCUAGCACUGUUGGAGGAUGGCGAGCUAAAUUUAGCUAGCUAACUAAAUCACACUUUAUUAGCCUUCCUUGUCAAUUCGACCAACUUCUACAUGUGGGCUUUUCCCCAUGUGGGCUUUUCCCCAAAUGCUCUUUGUAACCACCCACCGACAUCGCUGAUGAAAUAUACAUUAUUAGCUGCCAAUGACCAAAUCUGGUGAGCGCUGUCUGGACUGUGGUAGAUUGAACUGCAUUGCCCCCUAGCAGUCAUAUGCAGGAACAUAUCAAUUGUGAAUUCAUGUAAUUUAAUGAUUUUUUUCUUAUCAUUAAAUGAUAACGAAUGGCAGUUUAAAUGUUAACAAUAAUUGUGCACAUGCCUACACCAAGGAUAAUCCUAUCUUAUUCUUUUUGUUCUUUUUUUCUUUUUAAAAAUAUUCAUAUUUGUCCAUUUUAUUAAUUGAUUGUCUUAUUAUCAUCCUCGGAUCAGAUGUUCAUUGUGUGACUCUAUGGGAGGGAGGGGAGUGGCUGUCAGUUUGUGUUGAACUUUGAAGAGCCCCCUCUGGUCUGCCUGUCUGCCCAUGUGCUUUUUCUGAGACUGGUCAAGCUAACAAGUUUACUGCAUGAACAAAUACACUUCUCCAUCUCCUAUGCUUUGAUAAUGCUCCCAUACAGACCUGUCAUGGGAGUAUCAAGAAUAUGAUUAAUGUCAUUGUCAUCUUGCUUAAAAAGUGAAAUGGGGUGUGGCCAAGAGAUCCAUACUGUUUUAACGUCAACUUCUUUACAUGAAUGCAAGAGCUGUCAUAGCCUAUGUAAGAAAGAAGAACAGUCUAGCCUGAUCGUAGCUAGCCUAUUAACCUUGCGCUGACCCUCAGAAAAUAUGUGUGAUCUAUUCAUUACACUGUACUUAAGUAGGGGACUUUUAUUGCAGAAUGUCACCUCCCAUCAGAGGUCCCAUCAAAACCAAGGAGCAGGGCAACCUCUCCUGGUACAAACUGCAGAAGCGGUUGUCUGGUUCAAUCAAUUAUUAACUGACAUUGCUCUCAUAGCUACAUUGAUUCUCACAUUAAUGGAGAAUACCUGGACAGAGAUUCUAGUGUUGUUUCCUGACCAACUAUUGGGGUUUAUUUAAUGUUUAACUGAUGAUGCCAGAAACAUACACUCAUAAAUCUUUAGUGGUUGUCUGGUAUGAACCUUUGCUUCACCAAAACUAUGCUUGAUCAUAACCAUUGCUCUACUGAAUCAUUUAACUUGCAACAGUCUACAGUUUAUGACAGUGCAAUGUUCUCCAUAUUUCAGUAUUACAUUCCAACCUUCUCCACUGCUCUGACAAACACCACUACCAGUACCAAGUUGUUUUAUAGUAACCGUUCAGGAUUUAUUUCCUACAUUUUGAACAAGUAAAACUAGUUACACAUUGAGCUGUGCUACUGUAGCUACAUUUUGUGAUUACCCAGACGGUGUGCAAUCACUUUAUCCUGCAUUCCAGUAGUGCAUAUGGAAAAUAAAGUGUUUGGGUGUCAGAUGAAAAGCGGAUGCUGUAUUUGAUAUAAUGCUUAUCUCGUGUGAAAUGGUAUGAUUUUCUCCUCAAAAUUGUUAUUGUGGAUGUGUCAUGUGUCACGUCAGCAUUUGUAGCACUGUGUUCUACUCACCUAUUUUCAAUCAGUUGUGCUUUUCCCUUUGAUGUGAACUAAGCUGACACUAGCCUGCCUUUUGAAGGGGUCAAUUUGACAGCCACUCCAGGAAUGGGAUCAUAUUGGGGUAUUUUAUUUAUAAAGCCCUUUUUACAUGUCACAAAGUGCUAUACAGAAAUCCAGCCUAAAACCCCAAACAGCAAGCAAUGCAGAUGUAGAAGCACGGCAGGGGCGUGGCAAUUGGCGCGGUCAGCCUGUCGGCACGGCUACAUUUUAGAGAUAAUUUUAGAGUCCCCCAUCUUGGCGAUGUAGAGGCAUUUUUAAGCCAAUUUCCUGAAAUUCUACAAAUUUCUCCAUUGAGCUGAGAGACAUCUUUGCAGUUUUAAAGCUAAUUUCCUGCAAUUCUAUGCAUUUUGCCAUGGCUAUUGAUGUUCUUUUGCUCAAACAUAAUAAAAUCAAUAAUGAUAAAUUCAUGUUUUUAUUUUAUUUUAAAUUCUCCCUGACUGUCUAGCUUUUAUUUAGCUGAUUGUUACGAACCCCGUGGCUUUAAACGUCUAGGGUGGAUGGACAUGAGACCCGUAACAUAAUUCAUGCAAAUUAUAAGCGUGACAUGGAACAGUGAGAACAAAAACUACACGACAACCAUAAAAUGUUUAUUUUUGAACACACGGUAAAGGUUUGGGAAAAAGGGCUGAGCAGGACCCAAGAAAUGAAACAAUAGUGUAAAAAAACCCUAAACUGAUCUUGCCUGCCUCAAGAACCGCUAAGCUACUGCUAAUCAUACAAAAAUUACAGUGGGUGGUCCGCUCAGGUCUAACUAGUGUUUUUAGACAGUUUUCUUCCUACGGGUAAUGUACGCCCAAGGGCAACUUGCUUAAAUUCCCCUUUUCCCAGAAACACACAAAGUUACCAAACAGAGUAACCAGCAAAUGAGUGAGUACACAAAACACAGGACACCACAGUAUCCAUACUCGCAUACGGAAAUAGUCUCUCCUAACAAACACAACUGACCGGCUUUUAAACAAUGGGAUGUGUGAUUGAAAAACCAGAAACAGGUGGUGCAAUGCAGAGGAAUGUUCACUGAUUGGUCCACCUUAGCAAUCAGCAGACACCCCAACGACCACCAAUCAGGAACAUACAGGACACCUGUGAUUAGGGCAGAAGGAGAGGAAAAACACAAAAAGACACAGGAUACCUGUAUCCGUAACACUCCCACCCUUAAAAGAGCAAACCACAAUGGUUUGCGACACACGUACCAUCACAACACCCAAAAUUCAAAGAUCAACAGCAUCCUGACGGGAUAACAAAAAAAAAAACCUAGCUCUUUAAACACGAGACAAAGCAUCUGCCAACACAUUAUCUGACCCCUUUUUGUGGCGGAUCUCCAAAUUAUAAUUUUGCACUACAAGUGCCCAACGCAUAAGGCGUUGGUUCUGGUUGUACAUCCGGUGGAGAAAAACUAAGGGGUUAUGGUCAGUAUACACUAUCACUGGUAAUGCACUGGAACCAACAUAAACUUCAAAGUACUGCAGAGCUAAGAACAAAGCUAGAGCUUCUUGUUCAAUGGUGGAAUAGUUUGUCUGACAUUUGUUAAAUUUCCGUGAAAAAUAACAGACAGGAUGGUCCACUCCACUCUGGUCCUGCUGCAGUAGAACAGCACCAGCACCUCUGGCACUUGCAUCUACCUCCAGUUUAAACGGUCGUUCAAAAUCUGGCGCAGCAAGAACAGGAGUACUACAUAAGAGUGCUUUAGCAGUGUUGAAAGCAGUACGACAAUCUUCAGACCAUACACAUUUUCUCGCCGGACUGAGCAAAUCCGUUAAUGUAGCAACUACCGCAGAGAAAUUUUUACAGAAACUACGGUAGUAGCCAACCAUCCCUUAAAAGCGGCGUAGCUCUCUUCUGGUGGUAGGUGCGGGAAAUGCAUUUAUAGCUGAGACCUUGGCAUCUAGAGGGCGCACCUGACCAUGGCCGACCUGUUUACCAAGAUAAGUAACAGUGGCCUUCCCAAACUCGCACUUUGCUAAGUUCAGGGUUAGAGAAGCGGCUGCUAGACGUUCACACACUACCCUUAGAGUGUUAACAUGAUCAGACCACUCAGUUGAAUAAGUUACCAGAUCAUCAAGGUAAGCACUACAAUUAGGAAAUACUGUGUUAACCAGGCGUUGGAAAGUGGCUGGUGCGUUCCGCAUCCCAAAUGCCAUGACAGCAUAUUGUAGGAAGUGAUCGGGGGUCACAAAGGCAGAGAUGUCGGAGGCACGUGAGGUUAACGGCACCUGCCAGUAACCUUUUAGAAGAUCUAGUUUGGUUACAUAAGUAGCAGCACCAACAGUAUCAAUACAGUCAUCCAGUCUGGGUAACGGGAACGAGUCGGGCACUGUGACAGCAUUGACCUUCCGAUAGUCCGUACAUAAUCUGGAUGUCCCAUCAGGUUUAGGAACCAGAAUGCACGGAGAACUCCAAGGACUUGAACUUGGCAUAGCCAGGUUAUUCUCCAGCAAAUAACCGACCUCAUCAUCUUUCUUUUAGAGACAUUGACACGAUAAGCAUGUUGCUUGAUAGGUGCAGCGUUUCCAACAUCAAUGUCAUGUUCUAACACAUUUGUGCAUGUAGGAACAUCAUUAAAAAGACAUGGAAAGCUGUGUAUUAGUCUCACAAUAUCAUCUGACUGUCUGUCCGUUAAAUGAAUCAGGCUUGACGGCAGAGACAGCAGCAUCUCUGAAUUGGGCAAUCUAGCACACUGCUGCUGAGUAUUGCGCAACUCCAAACCAGAGAUACCAGAUAUACUAUCUAUUUGGUAAACAGCAUUCCAAUCUCCGCCAGCGUCAACAUGGGAUGUCCAUUUACGCAUGAGGAGAUUACCAUCAAUGAAGUAUGCCAUGUUUUUCUUCUUUAGCUCCUCCUCUGAGACAACACUAGAAAAACAUUUAGCCAGGCUAAUGUCAACCUUUUGGUUAGCGAUCAGCUGCUCACGAGUGACUGGUAACUGUAUUGCCUCAGCAACAAGUUCCACAUCCUUCUUCCUUUCUCUGGACUGUUGGUCAGACUGCACCAGCUUACCAGAGGUAGCACCCAAACUAUCCUCUGGGUCACACUCUCUGAAUAGAAUUGUGUUCGACAAAUCUAUCACUUCACCCACUUGUCGUGCUUGAGCACGUGACAGCACAAGCGGGGAACACAUCUGGAUAACCCUGUGCCAGCUCCUCGGAGAGAGACUGGUCACUUUUAUCCAAUACCUCCAAUACGGGUAUCACCUUUCCUCCGGCAAUAUCGUUGCCCAUUAUAAAUGUCACACCUUUUACUGGCAACAUAGGACGUACGCCAACUCUGAACAAUCCACGGACUAACUCAGAGUGUACGUUCACAAAGUGCAAUGGCACUGGGACGAAUCCCAUUUCAAUUCCUUGUACUAACACACUGGAACCACAAUAUGUAUUAUUGGACAAGGGCAACACAUCAGAUAGUAUGAACGACUGCGCCGCACCAGUAUCUCUGAGGAUUCUAACUGGACGCUGAGACGCUUCGUCAUCUGAUAUGGAAACAAACCCCUCAAAAAUGAACGGUUCAUAACUGUGAUCUGGGACAGGGACUUUCAAACCACAUUCACUAUGAGGCCUCUGUCUUGAUUCCGGCCUUACAACCGUACGAAUCAGCCCAACACCCGUUGGCGGCCUGAGGCAUCCCCUGUUUGCGUUUAAGCAGAAAGCAAUCACUAACCAUAUGUCCCACCUUAUGACAAUAGAAACAGUGACGCACAUCUUUUGGGCGUGCUGGAUGUACUGCUGGUCGACUGGGACUAAAAGUUUACAACUCUGCGGCCCUGCUCUCCGUACGAGCCGAAAACACGCUCUUAUGAGUCAACACAAACUCGUCUGCCAAUACAGACGCUUCCGACAGUGAGGAUACUUUCUGUUCGUUCAGAUAAACUACAAUGCGUUCGGGUAAGCAAUUUUUAAACUCUUCUAACAAGAUUAACUCCCAUAGAGAGUUAAAAUCAGUUACCUUACUAGCACUGUGCCAUUUGUCAAACAGAUUUCCUUUGUCUCUAGCAAACUCCACAUAAGUCUGAGUAGAAGCCUUUUUAUGAGACCUAAAUCUCUGUCGAUAUGCCUCAGGAACAAGCUCAUAGGCACGAAGAACAGUAGCUUUGACCACGUCAUAAUUCAAGCUGUCUUCAAAAGGUAGCGCUGAUAGAACCUCUUGGGCUUUACCUGUUAAUUUACACUGAAGUAAUAGGCACCAUACCUCUUCGGGCCAUUUCAAUGCUACCGCUAUACGUUCAAAAACACUGAAAUAGGAAUCAACCUCUGACUCCCUAAACACAGGUACCAAGGUGAUCUGUCUACUAAUAUCAAAAGUAGCAGACGACACAGCUGGUGAGGACGGCUCACUAGAAGACAUAGUAUGAGCAGAGACUAACCUCGCUGUUUCUGCCUCUAGUUCCAUUUUACGCAUCUCCAGUUCCAUCUUACGCGUCUCCUGUUCUGCCUCUAGUUCCAUCUUACGCGUCUCCUGUUCUGCCUCUAGUUCCAUUUUACGCAUCUCCAGCUUGUCUUGCCUGAUUUGUGCCCGCUCUUCCGCCUCCAUUUGGAGCCGUGUCGAGCGGACAUCCAUCCUAGCAUCACUGUCAGUCAGUGGGGAGAGUGGGUCAAAACGGGGCAAUGUGGCUGGAGCCUUAGCCUCGUCCUCAGACACCGAUGGGCUUACAGGAGCAGCAGCCACAUCCCCUACAGGAGCAGCAGGGUCAGGCGGCAGUAACUCAAGCACUCGCUCGUUCAACAAUAUCUCUAACACUGUUUUCCUAACUUCUGCUUUCACUAAAACACUUGAUAUGGGUACAGAAAAGUGGUCAGCCAAAGCCUGUAGAUCCACUCUACGGCAAUUCUCAAAAACCUCCCACGUAGGGUUUUCCAAAAAUGCAUCCAGCUCAAAAGUAGCCAUCCUAAACUAGCAACACGAGCCGACGAAUACUGAACACAAAACCAGCUAGUUACAGCUGCCAAGCUCAACACUGAACCAGACACUAACUAAUUUGCAUGAGUAGCAUGGGUAUCAAUGAGAAUUAUCCCAGACGAGCCCCCACAUUAUGUUACGAACCCCGUGGCUUUAAACGUCUAGGGUGGAUGGACAUGAGACCCGUAACAUAAUUCAUGCAAAUUAUAAGCGUGACAUGGAACAGUGAAAACAAAAACUACACGACAACCAUAAACUACCGUCAAACAUAAAAGGUUUAUUUUUGAACACACGGUAAAGGUUUGGGAAAAAGGGCUGAGCAGGACCCAAGAAAUGAAACAAUAGUGUAAAAAAAAACUAAACUGAUCUUGCCUGCCUCAAGAACCGCUAAGCUACUGCUAAUCAUACAAAAAGUACAGUGGGUGGUCCGCUCAGGUCUAACUAGUGUUUUUAGACAGUUUUCUUCCUACGGGUAAUGUACGCCCAAGGGCAACUUGCUUAAAUUCCCCUUUUCCCAGAAACACACAAAGUUACCAAACAGAGUAACCAGCAAAUGAGUGAGUACACAAAACACCACAGUAUCCAUACUCACAUACGGAAAAUAGUCUAACAAAGUUACCAAACAGAGUAACCAGCAACUUAGUGAGUAAACAAAACACAGGACACCACAGUAUCCAUACUCACAUACAGAAAUAGUCUCUCCUAACAAACACAACUGACCGGCUUUUAAACAAUGGGAUGUGUGAUUGAAAAACCAGAAACAGGUGGUGCAAUGCAGAGGAAUGUUCACUGAUUGGUCCACCUUAGCAAUCAGCAGACACCCCAACGACCACCAAUCAGGAACAUACAGGACACCUGUGAUUAGGGCAGAAGGAGAGGAAAAACACAAAAAGACACAGGAUACCUGUAUCCGUAACACUGAUGUUUAAUUCUCAUAGAUUAUGUUAUUUAAAAAAUAUAAAGUUCCAUGAUCUUUUCUCCAUACAGCUUCAUGAGGUAGUCACCUGGAAUGCAUUUCAAUUAUGUGUGCCUUCUUAAAAGUUAAUUUGUGGAAUUUCUUUCCUUCUUAAUGCGUUUGAGCCAAUCAGUUGUGUUAUGACAAGGUAGGGGUGAUAUACAGAAGAUGGCCCUAUUUGGUAAAAGACCAAGUCCAUAUUAUGGCAAGAACAGCUCAAAUAAGCUAAGAGAAAUGACAGUCCAUCAUUACUUUAAGACAUGAAGGUCAGUCAAUACGGAACAUUUCAAGAACUUUGAAAGUUUCUUCAAGUGCAGUCGCAAAAACCAUCAAUCGCUAUGAUGAAACUGGCUCUCUUGAGGACCGCCACAGGAAAGGAAGACCCAGAGGUACCCCUGCUGCAGAGGAUAAGUUCAUUAGAGUUACCAGCCUCAGAGAUUGCAGCCCAAAUAAAUACUUCACAGAGUUCAAGUAACAGACACAUCUCAAAAUCGACUGUUCAGAGGAGACUGCAUGAAUCAGGCCUUCAUGGUCGAAUUGCUGCAAAGAAACCACUACUAAAGGACAACAAUAAGAAGAAGAGAUUUGCUUGGGCUAAGAAACACAAGCAAUGGAUGUUAGACUGGUGGAAAUCUGUCCUUUGGUCUGAUGAGUCAAAAUGUGAGAUUUUUUGUUCCAACCGUCGUGUCUUUGUGAGACGCAGAGUAGGUGAACGGAUGAUCUCUACAUGUGUGGUUUCCAACGUGAAGCACGGAGGAGGAGGUGUGAUGGUGCUUUGCUGGUGACAGUCUGUGAUUUUAGUAAGUAUUCAAGGCACACUUAACCAGCAUGGCUACCACAGCAUUCUGCAGCGAUACGCCAUCCCAUCUGGUUUGUGCUUUGUCCUGGUGAAAAAUAAAUGAUAGUGGGACUAUGACCAAAAACACACCUCCAGGCUGUGUAAGGGCUAUUUGACCAAAAAGGAGAGUGAUGGAGUGCUGCAUCAGAUGACCUGGCCUCCACAUUCACCCGACCUCAACCCAAUUGAGAUGGUUUGGGAUGAGUUGGACCGCAGAGUGAAUUAAAAGCAGCCAACAAGUGCUCAGCAUAUGUGGGAACUCCUUCAAGACUGUUGGAAAAGCAUUAUUCAUGAAGCUGGUUGAGAGAAUGCCAAGAGUGUACAAAGCUGUCAUCAAGGCAAAGGGUGGCUACUUUGAAGAAUCUCAAAUAUAAAAUAUAUUUUGAUUUGUUUAACACUUUUGGUUACUACAUGAUUCCAUGUGUGUUAUUUCAUAGUUUUGAUGUCUAAACUAUUAUUCUACAAUGUAAAAAUAAAGAAAAACCCUUGAAUGAGUAGGUGUGUCCAAACUUUUGUCUGGUACUGUACUUUAUAUCUGGUUUUAGUCGUUUUAAGUUUACACUGAAAGCAUUUUUCCAUCAUAAAUAUAUUUGCCCAAAGAUUACAAAGGCUUAAAAAUCCCUGCCAUUUUUGUCUGUGGUGGGUCGACUGGUCAGGCUUUCAGAGCGUUAAGACCUGAGUCAGUUCUUUACUCCAGCUCUGCCUUGGCAGAAAUAACUACUCUCAGCUGUUUCUCUAUUUCUCCUUCAAACAGCAGGCAGCUCAUUGUGACCCAUAACGUGUUUCCUUUCACUCUUGGCAAUCAUGCACUGUCAUCCAUAACCUUGCCAUUUUAUCCAGCCCCACUCUGCAUCUCUCCAACCUUAACCUCCUAACAUUACACCAGAUGCAUGAUGAACCUGUCAGGGUGGUGUAUGCUGCUAUAUGUCUGAGCCAUUUCUCUGAUUUGAGUUUGCAGCUUACACAAACAGAACACAUUGGCAACCGGACCAAGGGAAUGCCAGGAAUUCUGGAUGUGAGUAAAUGUGGAAAAAAGAGAGGGAGCAGAGACUCGGAUGAGACAUCGAUGGGGCUGGGGAGAAUUGGAGGGAAACAUCCAAGUGGGAGGGAAGGAGGGGGGUGUUUUUUUAUGACUGCAACUGGCAAGUAUGUUUCAUGAUUGGGGAAUGAUAGCUGUGUGAGCGACAUGGAGUGGUUUAGUCAUGAGCUAUGCACAUACAUCCAGAUACACUGAGGUAGUCAGAAAGAUAUGAACUCUGCCAAAAAAGAAAUCCUGCCCCUCAGUCAUAUUGAGGAGAGAGGAAAGAGGGAAGAAAAACAAAUGAAACAGUGGAAAGAAAAAACGUAGUGGCUUUUUGCCAUUAGCUUAAUUUUAAUCUAAGAAAAACACUGAGUGGUGAGAUCAUGUACAGUUGUAUUAUAUCACUCCACUGAGGGCCCUUCACACAAGACUCUGCUACGUUUUAAUUGCCUGACAGUGGAGAUAUAAGUCUGUCUCGACAAUGUCUCUACCAAGUGUACUGACGGCCUCUGAGGGUGGAGGGGAAAAUGAAAGCUACUUCAAGUACAUGCUGGUGUUCACAGAGGAAUCAUGUGUUCAGCGUCUAUUGUUAUUUUUCUCUGGUGUUAAGGACUAGCUAACUGCCCAACAUUUCUACAAAUGAUUCUGUCGAGCUCUUUCUCUAAAUAGUUUUAUAGCAUACAGAGUGGACAGAAAGUAUUUGGGUAUGCUCGUUGUAUUGAGUGUAGUAUAUGGUUUUGUGCCUUGAUUGGAGGGUCUCCAAAUACAAUAAAGUCAGUCUAUUUACAGAGGCGCUAGACAGAUCACAUACAGGCUUACUACUUCCCAUCUAUUGUCUUGUAAGGCGUUGGGGGAUGUAGGUUUGCAUCAAAGCUCAGUUCCAGUAAUUACUUGUCAACCAAAAAUAAAUAAACCUCAAUUCUAUACUGAACAAAAAUAUAAACGCAACAUGCAACAAUUUCAUAUAUUUUUACUAAGUUACAGUUCAUAUGAGGAAAUCAGUCAAUUGAAAUUGUGACGAGUACUGAGGAUACAAAGAGGCAGACGCAGGAAUUAACAAUGUAAAGGUUUACUUAACACUGAGCAAGAGAACAACAAAGAGCGAGUACACGACAAGACACUAACAAUCACACACACAACACUGAACAGUCCAGGGCUAUAUAGGGGUGAUGAGGUGCAGGUGCGCUGGAGGUGAUUAGGGUGCGUUGGGUUUCCAUUCCGGUGUUGCCGAGGUGGUGCGCUCAGACCGGUGGCUCAGUACAGUCGUGGUCAAAAGUUUUGAAUGACACAAAUACUAAUUUUCACAAAGUCUGCUGCCUCAGUUUUGAUGAUGGCAAUUUGCAUAUACUCCAGAAUGUCAUGAAGAGUGAUCAGAUGAAUUGCAAUUAAUUGCAAAGUCCCUCUUUGCCAUGAAAAUUAACUUAAUCCCCAAAAAACAUUUCCACUGCAUUUCAGCCCUGCCACAAAAGGACCAGCUGCCAUCAUGUCAGUGAUUUUCUCGUUAACACAGGUGAGAGUGUUGACGAGGACAAGGCUGGAGAUCACUCUGUCAUGCUGAUUGAGUUAGAAUAACAGACUGGAAGCUUUAAAAGGAGGGUGGUGCUUGAAAUCAUUGUUCUUCCUCUGUUAACCAUGGUUACCUGCAAGGAAACACGUGCCGUCAUCAUUGCUUUGCACAAAAAGGGCUUCACAGGCAAGGAUAUUGCUGCUAGUAAGAUUGCACCUAAAUCAACCAUUUUCGGAUCAUCAAGAACUUCAAGGAGAGAGGUUCAAUUGUUGUGAAUAAGGCGUCAGGGCGCCCAAGAAAGUCCAGCAAGCGCAAGGACUGUCUCCUAAAGUUGAUUCAGCUGCGGGAUCGGGGCACCACCAGUGCAGAGCUUGCUCAGGAAUGGCAGCAGGCAGGUGUGAGUGCAUCUGCACGAACAGUGAGGUGAAGACUUUUGGAGGAUGGCCUGGUGUCAAGAAGGUCAGCAAAGAAGCCACUUCUCUCCAGGAAAAACAUCAGGGACAGACUGAUAUUCUGCAAAAGGUACAGGGAUUGGACUGCUGAGGACUGGGGUAAAGUCAUUUUCUCUGAUGAAUCCCCUUUCCGAUUGUUUGGGGCAUCCAGAAAACACCUUGUCCGGAGAAGACAACGUGAGCGCUACCAUCAGUCCUGUGUCAUGCGAACAGUGAAGCAUCCUGAGACCAUUCAUGUGUGGGGUUGCUUCUCAGCCAAGGGAGUGGGCUCACUCACAAUUUUGCCUAAGAACACAGCCAUGAAUAAAGAAUGGUACCAACACAUCCUCCGAGAGCAACUUCUUCCAACCACCCAAGAACAGUUUGGUGACGACCAAUGCCUUUUCCAGCAUGAUGGAGCACCUUGCCAUAAGGCAAAAGUGAUAACUAAGUGGCUCGGGGAACAAAACAUCGACAUUUUGAGUCCAUGGCCAGGAAACUCCUCAGACCUUAAUCCCAUUGAGAAUUUAUGGUCAAUCCUCAAGAGGCGGGUGGACAAACAAAAACCCACAAAUUCUGAUAAACUCCAAGCAUUAAUUAUGCAAGAAUGGGCUGCCAUUAGUCAGGAUGUGGCCCAGAAAUUAAUUGACAGCAUGCCAGGGCGGAUUGCAGAGGUCUUGAAAAAGAAGGGUCAACACUGCAAAUAUUUACUCUUUGCAUAAACUGAAUGUAAUUGUCAAUAAAAGCCUUUGACACUUAUGGAAUGCUUGUAAUUAUACUUCAGUAUACCAUAGUAACAUCUGACAAAAAUAUCUAAUAACGCUGAAGCAGCGAACUUUGUGAAGACCAAUACUUGUGUCAUUCUCAAAACUUUUGACCACGACUGUAGACCGGCGAAUCAGAGCGCCGGAGAGAGCAACGGGAGGAGACGUGACAGAAAUAAACUCAUUAGGCCCUAAUCUAUGGAUUUCACAUGACUGGGAAUACAGAUAUGCAUAUGUUGGUCACAGAUACCAACAACAAAGAAAUUGGGUCUCAAAAUAUGUUUCAGGAUCUGGUCACAGUAUUUUUGUGCAUUCAAAUUGCUGUCGAUAAAAUACAAUUGUGUUCGUUGUCCGUAGCUUAUGCCUGCCCAUACCAGAACCUCACCGCCACCAUGGAGCACUCUGUUCACAAUGUUGACUUAAGCAAUCCGCUCGCCCACACAACGCCAUACACGUGGUCUGCGGUUGUGAGGCCGGUUGGACAUACUGCCAAAUUCUCUAAAAUGACGUAAUGGGAGAGAAAUUAACAAUCAAUUCUCUGGCAACAGCUCUGGUGGACAUUCCUGCAGUCAGCAUGCCAAUUGCACACUCCCUCAAAACUUGAGACAUCUGUGGCAUUGUGUUGUGUGACAAAACUGCACAUUUUAGAGUGGCCUUUUAUUGUCCCCAGCACAAGGUGCACCUGUGUGAUGAUCUUACUGUUUAAUCAUCUUCUUGAUAUGCCGCACCAGUCAGGUGGAUGGAUCUUGGGAAAUGAGAAAUGCUCACUAACAGGGAUGUAAACAAAUUUGUGCACAACAUUUGAGAUGGGUAUAAAAAGCAGACAUUGAAUAUCCCUUUGAAGUUAUGAAUUACACUUUGGAUGGUGUAUUAAUAUACCCAGUCACUACAAAGAUGCAGGCGGCCUUCCUAACUCAGUUGCCGGAGAGGAAGGAAACCGCUCAGGGAUUACACCAUGAGGCCAAUGGUGACAGAGUUUAAUGGCUGUGAUAGGAGAAAACUGAUGAUGGAUCAACAAGAUUUUAGUUACUCCAUAAUACUAACCUAAAUGACAGAGUGAAAAGAAGGAAGCCUGUACAGAAUAAAAAUAUUCCAAAACAUGCAUCUUGUUUGCAAUAAGGCACUAAAGUAAAACUGCAAAAAAUGUGGCAAAGAAAUUAACUUUAUGUCCUGAAUACAAAGCAUUUUUGGGGCCAAUCCAACAACACAUCACUGAGUACCACUCUUCAUAUUUUCAAGCAUGGUGGUGGCUGCAUCAUGUUAUGGGUAUGCUUGUCAUCGGCAAGGACUAGGGAGUUUUUUAGGAUAAAAAUAAACGGAAUAGAGCUAAGAACAGGCAGAAUUUCUUACCAAGACGACAUUGAAUGUUCCUGAGUGGCCUAGAUACAGUUUUUACUUAAAUUGACUUGAAAAUCUAUGGCAAGACUUGAAAAUGGCUGUCUAGCAAUGAUCAACAACCAAUUUAACAGCGCUUGAAGAAUUUGAAUAAGAAUAAUGUGCAAAUAUUGUACAAUCCAGGUGUGCAAAGCUCUUAGAGACCUACCCAGAAAGACUCACAGCUGUAAUCGCUGCCAAAUGUGAUUCUAACAUGUAUUGACUCAGGGGUGUGAAUACUUAUGUAAAUGAGAUUUCUGUAUUUCAUUUUCAAUAAAUUUGCAGAAAUGUCUAAAAACAGGUUUUCACUUUGUCAUUAUGGGGAAUUGUGUGUAGAUGGGGAAAGGGGAAACAAUCGAUUUAAUCAAUUUUGAAUUCAGGCUGUAACACAACAAAAUGUGGAAUAAGUCGAGGGGUAUGAAUCGUUUCUGAAGGCACUUUUGUGGUUAAUUACUGCUGUUAUUAUUGUGUAAUUAGGCCACAUAUCAUCAUCAUCAUCAUCAUCAUCACUGUCUCUUUGUUUCUCCCAGGUUUGUGUGUGCUCAGAUGCCCAACGCUGUGUUGGAGAGCAUCAGCAUCAUCGACACCCCAGGAAUCCUGUCUGGAGAGAAGCAGAGGAUCAGCAGAGGUUGGUAGUUAACCACCUGUAUUCAUUGUACCAUUAUGGUUCUUUUUUUCUUCCCCAUCUCUUUCUUCUCUUUCUGCAUCCUUCUUCCCCCUCUCAAUUACUCUCCUUUUGUCCUCUUCCUCCAUCUUGAUCCUUGAUUCUGUCUCAUUAUUAUUCUUUUUUUACUGGAACAAGGACUACCGUACUACUUUUUAAGGUUGGCCGGUCCAGUGAUCAUGUAAUAUGGUAAAUUAAUGUGGCACAUUUUUUGGUGUCCCUGAGAAUGCAGAUUCAUGAUGUAGACAUUUUGGACAUAUCCUAGUGAAGCAGUGGAAUGAAAUUGAAUGAUCUGCAUUAAAAGGCCUGUAUUUGUAGCCAACCUGUUUAUAUUACUGCAGAACAACCUAGUCUCUGAUUUACAUACUGAAUUCCUGUGUGUGUGAUCUGCGUCCGAAGACCACUACCUCAUAUACAUGGUUCUAGCGCAAGUGUAUUGGCAGGUACUUUGAAGAGGGGAUGUCAGAACCUCCCCACGCCCCUGUCGUACACCAUGACAACAGAAUGGGUGUGAGUGCCAUCCCAGAGAGGAAGGCCGCCAGGAAACAGUGGGGACCUCAGAGAGGGACAGGGGUGGAGGAUGGAGGUUAAGAGCAAAACAAUGACUCCUAGGCAGGCUGGGCAACAGUGUGGCAACACACAUUAGGGAAGAGUUGCUAGUUCAACUCAAUGUUGAGCCUGGAACCUUCAAAUUCAUCCAAAGCAUACAUUGAUCUCUAGGGAUGGGUUUUACCCUCUUUAGAUGUGCCUCCAGGACUGUCUGUCUGCACUCAGGUAUGCUAAUCUCUUAAACAAGGUACAAUUAACAACACAAAGCUAAUGAGACAUUUAGGGGGCAAGGUUUGAAAUGCUUUUAGAAGUCAGUGUGAGUCUUACUCUUUGCCCUCUACCCUUCGCCCCAGUGUGGUUGUGUAUGAGGGAGAGUGAUAGGAUGUGUGUGCUCCAGCCAAUGCGCUGCACAGAGACUAUAAGGAUGAGUCAAAGCAAGCCAGACAAUGGAGUUGGCUGAAGAACAAAACAGAGGGUGUUGUUGACACUAAUCAUACAGCCCCUGGGCGAGUUGACACGUAGAGGCCUGGGGUUACAGGCAGCACACCUUCAACCCUGGGCCAGCUACACCCUGACAUGUUUACACUUCUUCUUCUUUUUUUUUUUUGGUCCAGCAUCGUCCAAGGUAGGGGGAGGGUUUGGCCGGAAGGGAUGUGGGUUCGUUUCCCACGGGGGGCCAGUAUGAAAAAAAUAAAAAUAAAAAAAUGUAUGCAUUCACUAACUGUAAGUCGCUCUGGAUAAGAGCGUCUGCUAAAUAAAUAAAAAAUAUUAUAUAUAUAAAAAUAUAUAAAAAAGUGUGAGGAUGCUAGGUCCGCCACUGGGUCACCUCAGGGUGAAAAACAGCCUCCUGGGGACAUAAAAGAGAUGUGAUGGCAGGGAGAAAGUGAGAAAAAAGGGAGUCUUUUUUUUAAUAGUUUUUUUUACUGCAACCAUGGUGGAAUAGAAGUAGACUUGCCAUGUUAGAACUCUUUGAUGUUUGAGAGCUGAAGGCAGGAGAUCGAAUGAGUGUUUGAAGUCCAGGGGAAUUAUUGAGAAUCGAAAGAUGGUGUGCUGUAUCGUACUUACAAAGCACUUAACUGUAUUUGGGAGUCAGGGACUGGGACAUUACACUGGGCUUUCAUGCAUUUACUGGAGAGAGUAUUGAACACUUCUCAUAACCCACUGUGGGCUAUAGUAAAUCACAUGUAUAGUGGUUAAGAGCGUUGUGCCAGUAACCGAAAGGUCGCUGGUUCUAAUCCCCGAGCCGACUAGGUGAAAAAUCUGUCCAUGUGCCGUUGAGCAAGGCACUUAACCCUAAUUGCUCCUGUAAGUCGCACUGGAUAAGAGCGUCUGCUAAAUGACCAAUAUAUUUUUAUUUAUGUAUGCUCACAUGACCACAGAGAACUGAAAUGGGGCAGGCCAGAAUGGAUUUGAAUUUACAUUCCUACACAGUAUAUUGAACCAGGAUUCAUGAUACAGGCAGUACUGAGGUUACAACAUUUUGUAGAGUACUUAUUGUGGUCAGAAUUCAGUGCCGGUUAUUACAAAGGGGAAGCCCUGCUACAGUCAUUCCUCAAUGAUGGAAAACAUGAGGUCGUUGGUUGUAGUUACCCCAAGCUGAGCUCUUAUCUCUCUAUAACACACACAUACUACUAUGCACACGCACACACACAUGCACACACGCGCACACACACACACACACACACACACACACACGCAAGGGGGUGCACACAGACACGCACACAGGAAACCCACACCAGAGUCACUGCAGUACACUUCCCCAUUGUCCCUGUGACUGAGUCACAAAUUCUCUCAUCCCACUCCAAACUACUUUCCCCUUCAUUCCCACCCUUUUUUUCAUUCAUGAAUUCAUUUAAUAGGGUCUGUCAACUGAAUUUCUUUGUUGGCCGCCGUAGUGUUUUAUCUGCCUUAAAGUGAUACUUGUCUCCAUUUGCCCUGGUUCAGACCUUGCAAGGGCGGUUAAUAAUCUCCUCAAGUCUUCUGACUGUAUCUGUUCACUCCCUCAGCUCCACGGCUCCUUUACAUUUCUGUUAAUCAUAAUACUGUGGUCCGCUUGACUAUAUGGAAAAAAAAGAGUAAGCUAUUUAGCUGCCUUACUUUUGGGGUGUUAGAGUUGGGCUUUUCCUUAUAAGGACACUGCUAUUUUCCCUCGUCAGGGUUACAGCAGUGAGAGUUACUACUUUAUCUGUGAAGGGAAGGCAGGUGAAUGAGGCGAUGUCCUUGUCACUCUAGCGUAUCUUGCAAGGUUCAGUUAAACAGACCGUUCAUUAUUUACUGUAUACAUGCUCAAGGUCCUCGGUGACUCCAAGCUUUCUCCCGGGUGUCGGGUGUCACUAGCAUUCUCUCACACUCAGACAAUUCUUGGCAAAUGAAAGCUGGUAAUAAAGGGGUUGCUGUUUAUGCUGGAAGAGAUUUGAACUCAUGUGGUUAACCGGUGACAAGACAGUUUAUGCAACGUGGCUGGUUCCUUAACCUUAAAGGAGAAGGAGUGGUCAUGUCAUUGCCGCUUUAUGCCUGUUUAUUUCAGAAACGUAUAAAGUUUAGUUUAGUUUACACAUACGUACAUACACACAAUGAACCAUUAAACCUGAGGCCAUACAGGAUUCCAAAAUGUUGCUUCAAGAGCAUGGCCUGUGCCAACAAAUAGGUCAUUAGCCAUUGUAUUGUGGAAUUCAAAUGUCCAUUCCGUGAACAUAUUCCUAGAUCCUUCCUCUGUUCUAAGCCUUUCCAUUAACUGGAGAGGGGAUACCGUGUGAAUGGGCCAUUGGUGUGGAAAGCUGACCAUUUCCCAUAGUGAUACAGAGGAGAUAGUUAUGAGACGUGUCAUACUGCCCAGGCUCCAGUUCUAUCAACCAGGACAUUACUAAUGUUUCUCCCUAGUGGCAGGGGUGAAAGAGUUGAGUUUGUGGGACGACCAUGUACCAAAGAACCAGUAAUGUAACUCUCAUGAAACAAGGCCAGGCAGUGGGGUUCAUGACCUCUGACCAACUAGUAUAAAUCAGGAAGAGGACCACAUUGUAGGAAGUGAUUCCAGUGAGGUGGUUUACUGUCAGUCUUUGAAAGCACACCCCCCCCUCUCUCGCGCGCUCUAUCUCUCUCUCACUCUCCACAUGGAUCAGGUUUCACUAGCAUGGUGUUUUAAGUUCAGACAUAAUUUACACAGUUCAUAUCUAAGCCAAACUGAUGGAAUGCACUGACAACAGCUUAUGAUAUGUGGGUAUCUAUCUGGACAGUUUUUCCAGUAAAUUGUAUCAGACAGACACCUGAGCAUGUCUAUUUCUGAGCCCUGCAAGGAUGGUCUCAAAUUCCUAAUCUACUGUAUGCUUCAUAGGUGUCUGAGUAUGACACUGAAAUUCUCUGCCAGAUCAGCAUACAGUGUUCAUUCUCACCCUAGGCAGUUCCCAAUUUUAUAUUAUUACAUUGAAAUUAGAAAUCAACUUUGUUGGUUUGGUGUCAUUGUCAAUUCCAUGCGUGCGUUCUUAGCAGAUAUUUCCUUUUUGGAAAAGUAUGAAGGAAGGAAGACUGGAGAGAGAACUAAGAAAGACGGUUUGGUGUGCUUCUGGGAAAGCACAACUGAAAAAUACCUUCCAUUAGAUGAACUUUCACCUCUACCAAUAAUUAGCUCACAUCAGGGUUCGGGGCAAUUCCACUCUUUAGUUAAUCGAAGCUGUGAGAGAAAAGUGGAGUAGAAGAGAAAAUAAAUGUAAUGAAUUCCUUUGACUUGAAACAGAGUUGACCCUGACCUUAUAUGAAUCAGGUGGAUCAGUGACUAAGAUGAUGGAUAAUGCCAUUGUUUGAAAAAUACGUUGGGUAGGCCUGACAAGGCUGACAUACAGUUGAUUGGGUGGUAAGAGGUAAGGUUUGACAUUCUCACAGAUAUUCAUUAUGUCCCUUCUUCCCCCUUGUGAUUGCGCUCACCUUUAAGUCAGGUUAGCCUACUUGUUCAACUUUAUUUCCCCAGAGAUUGGUUACUAGGUCAAAGGAUGGUAUGGUAACAAUUAACCUUCAGAUUAAAUGGGAAGAAUUGUGACAGGCAGCGCUGUUUUUUUCUCUACCUCCUCUGUGUAGAUUUGAUAUCCCUAUCUUUUAUUACCAGCAUAUCCCUCUUUUUAAAGUGAGCAGAGAUAAGAGGAGCUGUUCUCGUGGACUCUUGACUUUGCCAGGUCACGCCCUCAUUGGAUCGGUGGAGAGAUCACACAUCCUGCCAACGUUGACACAAAACCCAGACUGAUGGAAGAACACCUUUCAGUCUUUCACUGGGAUUAGAUUCACUACUAGUUGUUCUCGUCUAUAACUGUUCUGUACUUUGUCAUGUAUUUGUACGUUUUAUGUGGACCCCAGGAAGAGUAGCUGCUGCAUGUGCAGUAGCUAAUGGGGAUCCUAAUACACUAAACUACAGCCAACAUAUUAGGACGCUCUGUGCUUAUUAUCCUAGUGAAUAACAUGAUUCUAACCAACUACUGUACUUUUUAAUUGACACGCUCAUUGUUGGAUCUUGUCUCUGUUUUUCCCCCCGUUGCUAAUGAUUAGUCCAGCACUAAUCCUGGGACAGAGCGGAGAACAGAGGAAGGUCGGGUUUUACGCACACACACAGGUGGAUAGCUUUAGGGCUUCUCUCCUGGUUCAAUCAGCAGAAAUGUCCUUUUAUUUAUGAUCUAUGAGUAGGUACACCUAACUUAGGUAUUGCAUAUAAAGGAACAGCUCUGCCCAAUUCACAAUGGAGCUCUGUAAUGGAUGUGUGAGAGAGGAAGAGACUGUGAGAUGGACAAUUGUUUCUCGCUGCUCAAAUAGAAUGCUGAGUCAGACUGUUCUCUGCCUUGAACUUCCCAAACCCAUUUAAAAACUGUGGACGUUGAUAAUAGUUUUUAAUAAAGGGAUUGGCCACAACUACUGUCAGUUUGACUAGUGUCCGUGUUUUGCCUCCACCUCCAGCACAGCGUGCCAAGGCAGAGUGGUGCCCUGCUGCCCUCUAGUACAAUUCAGAAUGAACAAAUAAAUAACCGUUCUAAACAGAGGCGAGGAAGAGGUCUCUUUGUGGGCCCAGUGUCUCCACUGCACAAUUUAUGCUCCAAAGGCUCUUUCCUGUUUUGUCAUUCAGGGAGGAUAUGUCCAUGUGUGGCAGUGGGGAGAAGACAUCCCCUAGAAAUAGAGUGGAUAGAAUAGACCUAGACUAAUUCAUUUAAAACAUCACUGAAUGUCUUGUUUGAUGGGACAAAUUUCAUGUAUAAAGCAUUUGACCUCAUUCAGUCUUGAUUUUCUUUGCAUGCUUGAAAACAUGAAUUCUCUACUAUUCUGAACUGAAAUAUAAGCUAGGCCUAGUGUUCAGCAAAUUGUGCUCCAGAAAACAACUAUGAAUAAGUCCCAAUGCUUAUCUUUUAGAACAUUAGGAUGAAAUGUGAGGCCCAAACUCUGCAUCAUCACAUCAAUUUCAUAAGGCUUUACUAGGUGUGUCACGUGCAAUGAAAUGGAUUCCGCUUGAUCCAUUUCUAUGCUCUGUCGGUCAUGGGUAAAUGGCAAAGCUCUGCUCUGGGCAGUGUUGGUGUCACACUGUGAGGAGAAGGAAGAUGGAGGAGGGUGUUGUUUAGUUAAGGUUUUCCUGGCACAGGAAUAACACAUUUUGUCUCAUUGUGAAAUAUACCUGUUUUUGGAUCUAGCUGGGUCUGUGUGUCUCUGUUGCUGUGUGAAGCGGGACCAUAGAGACAGGAUAAGCUGGAGUGGCACUGGAAUCUGAGCUGAUUGAUAUGCAUAGAGAAACAAACACACUCUUACUAGGAGCGGCUCACACAUUCUAAAUCAAGUUGGUGUGGAUUUAAGGGCAUAUUUUCACUCCUUACAUAAUCACAGAUCCCAUAAACUUGUUGGACUGUAAUUUUAUUGUUGACCACAUCAUCUCGUACCAUUUUCAUUUGAUUUAAAUGUGAAACUUUUGAUAAAAGGGUUUAAUUGAAGAUUUCACACCCCUUCUUAUGAAAAAACAAAUUAACCAUGUUCCUCUUUCCUCUCUUCAGGCUAUGACUUUGCUGCAGUGCUGGAGUGGUUUGCUGAGCGUGUUGACCGCAUCAUCCUGCUCUUCGACGCCCACAAACUAGACAUCUCGGAUGAGUUCUCUGAGGUGAUCCGCUCCCUGAAGAACCAUGAGGACAAGAUGCGGGUGGUUCUGAACAAGGCGGACCAGAUUGGCACACAGCAGCUGAUGAGGGUUUAUGGCGCCCUCAUGUGGUCUCUUGGUAAAAUUGUCGGCACGCCAGAGGUGAUCCGGGUGUACAUUGGUUCUUUUUGGGCUCAGCCGCUCCUGGUCGCAGACAACCGGAAGCUUUUUGAGGCUGAGGAACAGGACCUUUUCAAGGACAUCCAGGGGCUGCCUCGGAAUGCUGCUCUGAGGAAGCUCAAUGACCUCAUCAAGCGGGCUCGCCUCGCCAAGGUGAGACCUAGGACUUAAAUGUUGGGGCUUAAACCUCAUUGUGGGGGCAUAACCCUCAGUGUGCCAAAAUUGAUCAGUGGUUAGCUGUUUAGGUCCAUAUAUGAUUAAUUUAGUCUUCCCUCCCUCCAGGUCCACGCCUACAUCAUCAGCUCUCUAAAGAAGGAGAUGCCCAACAUGUUUGGGAAGGAUAACAAGAAGAAGGAGCUGAUCGCCAACCUGGGGGAGAUCUACAACAGGAUUGAGAAAGAGCACCAGAUCUCACCUGGAGACUUCCCCAAACUAGCUAAGAUGCAGGUACACAAAUAUACAUUAUUUAUUUUUUCCAGUGGAGGUAGUAAUUAGGUUAAAGGAGAACUUCAGUGUCAGAUGAACUCAUGGAUACCUUUUUUAUGUCUCAGCGUGCAGUUUGAAGGAAGUUGCUAACUAGCAUUAGCGCAAUUGCUAACUAGCGUUAGCGCAAUGACAGGAAGUCUAUGGUAACUGCUAGCAUGUGAGUAGAUACCAUAGACUUCGUCAUUGCGCCAACGCUAGUUAGCAUUGGCUUGCAAUACUACCUCUAACUUCCUUCAUACUGGAUGCAGAGACAUAAAAAUGGUGUCCAUGAGUUCAUAUGACACUGGUGAAGUAGAUAUUGUACAAAUCCCUAAGUAUCCCUUUAACCGAAGUAGCCAUCUAAGUAGUGAUAUCAGUAGUUGUGGUGAUGAGCAAUGCAGAUACCUUUCCUUGACUAGAACUCCCCUGACCUCAUUUCAUCUUUAUGAACACACAGGAGAUCUUGGCUAACCAGGACUUCAGUAAGUUCCAGACGGUGAAGCCCAAGCUGCUGGAGGCUGUUGAGGACAUGCUAGCCAACGACAUCGCCAAACUCAUGACCCUCGUCCGCCAGGAGGAGGCAGCCAUGCCCAGCCAGUCAGUCCAGGGUGGCGCCUUCGAGGGCACCAUGAACGGGCCUUUCGGCCAUGGCUACGGCGAGGGUGCAGGCGAGGGCAUUGAUGAGCUGGAGUGGGUGGUGGCACGAGACAAACCCACCUACGACGAGAUCUUCUACACCCUGUCUCCUGUCAACGGCAAAGUGUCGGGCGCCAUGGCCAAGAAGGAAAUGGUGAAGUCCAAACUGCCCAACACAGUGCUGGGAAAGAUCUGGAAACUGGCCGAUGUAGACAAUGACGGUUUCCUGGACGACGAAGAGUUUUCCCUUGCCAAUCACUUGAUCAAGGUGAAGCUUGAGGGUCACGAGCUUCCCACUGAUCUGCCAGAACACCUUAUCCCCCCCUCCAAAAGGGGACUGUAG